UGCAGGACGCCAAAUUUAUUGGGUUAUUAAUCUGGCGGCAGAUACUUAAAUAACGAGGGCUGGUCUCUAUAGCUUUGUAGGUGGAUCCCCGCCGUAUGGUGAAUGUUUAACUGUAGCCGUUUCGUUUUUUUUUUUUUUUUUUGUUGUUGUAGUUUAAAAGGAGGAGAGAGUUGCUCGGUGCGUGGUGCUACAAUUCUAAAGCGAGCAGAGGGUUCACAGUGCGCGUCCAGACAGUUGCCUCAAGCUAGUCUCUCUAUGCAGACACUGAGCAUCAUCCCUGUGAUCUGGAACGGAGGAGUAAGAACAGAACAGUAGAACAGCCCGUUGAACAUUUGUUGGCAUCAUUCUCCCGUCUGCGUAAUGGCAUUAGCGAAUAUUUUAAAACAGACAUAGGCUGUAAAUGGUGAUUUUUAAACAUUGAGCUGACGUUUUGGAAGCGCACAAUAUCAUUUUUAGUGCAUUUUAUUAAUUUGUUUAAAAGUGCCCCCGUUUUGAAGACUACAGUGCGCUAUUUAUUUUUAUUUUUUUAUUUUUUGCGAUAUAUUGGAUUUCUUUAUCCAUCACUACUCCAAAACCCCCACCCCCCAUGAGCACUUUGCGGUACCAUCAUCUCCGUUACAAUGUUUUGGAUAUAUGUCUGGUUGAGCAACACAGCUGGGACGAGGAUAGCAGGUUGCUGUUAAAUUCUCUCUCUUACUUCAUAUGAUGGUAAUCUGGAAAUGUCGACUGGCUGACUACAGGAAAAAGAGCCAAGAACGCUUUACACCUGAUUUGGGAAAUGGGAUGUUACAGAUAGGCUGGCAGCAGCAACGAGGUUAAGACGUGUCUGCGCGAUCCAGCCACCAGUAAUAAUUAUUUAUGUAUUUAUUCUGAUACGUUUUUCUCCAAAAAGUCAACUUUGUGCAUUUAUACUGGACCAAAGGAGGAUGCUUUAUCAGCGCGGUGUUAAAGCUAUGCGGCGGAACUUCUACGGGGUCUCAGCGAGAUUCACCUGGAGCUUCUUCCUAUUCUUCCUGUUAUCUCAGAUGCGGCCGUCUACAGCGUUUCUUACAGGUUCUGUGGCUAGUUGUGAAAAUGAAGGCGACGUGUUGCAGAUCCCAACCAUCACAGACAACCCCUGCAUCAGCUGUGUUUGUUUGAUGUCAAUCAUCUUGAUGUGAGCUGCUGCUGGUACGUUAAUGCCAGUGUUUAUAAACGAAGCCGACUGCCAAUAGAAUAGAAGAGUACAAAGGCCAGCAUUUGCUUUACAUGGCAGAACUGUGAAACUUGGUUUACAUCGUAAGCAAUUAACUACAAAUAAAGAAGUCACCUGCAAGCGUGAGAUGUGCCCUCAGAUCCCCAAAGACUGCGCUCUGCUGGUGAAACAGAGGGGAGCCUGCUGUGAAAAAUGCAAAGGUUGCCAGUUUGAAGGGAAGUCUUACAACAGCUCCAUGAAGUGGCAGAUACCGUCCAAACCGUGCAUAACAAGCACAUGUCAGGAGGGCGUAGUGACGGAGUCUGAGCAGAGGUGUGUGGUGCACUGUAGGAAUCCUACAAUACAGAGAGGAAGAUGCUGCCCAACAUGCCCAGGGUGUAUCUUUGCAGGCAGCGAGUAUCGUGAGGGGGAGGACUUCCGUCCUGAAGGGAACAGAUGUGUGAAAUGCUCCUGCGCUGGAGGUCGGACUCAGUGUGUGAAGGAAGUGUGUCCCGUCCUUUCCUGUCCCCAGCACCUUAGCCACACACCUCCAGGGCAGUGUUGCCCCAAAUGUUUAGGUCAAAGGAGAGUGUUUGAUCUGUUGCUCGGAAGCUGCUUGUUUCACAGUGAGGUGUAUGAGAAUGGGACCUCCUUCACAUACGACAACUGCACUUUUUGUGUCUGCACGAAUUCCACAGUGGUGUGUAAGAGGAAGUGCUCUCAUUCUGGGAGUUGCCGUAGCAACAAAGAGCUCUGCUGUGAGCCUUGUGUCUCAUAUGUUCCCGUUGAGGAGGUCAAGUUUUGCCAGUCUGGGAAUAAAAUCUACAGGGAUGGAGAAAUGUGGCCCUCUGUCAACUGCACACUGUGCGCUUGUGUAAAGGGGGAGGUCGAGUGCCACCACAAACAAUGUGCCCUAAUAAAGAGCUGCCCCUCUGGUAAAAUUCUCAACAGAAAUGGUUGCUGCCCCAUUUGCACUGAAAAACCUGGAGUUUGCACUGUGUUUGGAGACCCUCACUACAAUACUUUUGAUGGCAGGACAUUUAACUUUCAGGGGACCUGCAAGUACGUUCUGGCCAAAGACUGCUCGGCGGCAGCUAGCUUUCAGGUGCUAGUGAAGAACGAUGCCCGUAAAACACGCUCCUUCUCCUGGACCAAGUCAGUGGAGUUUAUCUCAGCUGAUGUGAGUAUCAGCCUGCACCAGCACCUCACAGUAAAACAGAACGGGACUCGGAUAUCUCUGCCUCAUGAGACGGCACAGAUACGUGUUGACUUGGACGGGUACUUACUGAAACUGACCACGAAGACAGGUCUGGUGAUCUCGUGGGAUGGGGACAGUUUCGUGGAGGUCAUGGCUGCCCCCCACCUGAAGGGUAAGAUGUGCGGCCUGUGCGGGAACUAUAACGGGCACAAGCGAGAUGACCUCAUCGGUGGUGACAGCAACUUUAAGUUUGACGUGAACGAGUUUGCAGAGACAUGGCGCGUGGAGUCCAAUGAGGUGUGCAACCUGCCGCGGAAGAAGCCCCCGCUUUACCUCUGUCCCGGCACCGCCAAGGUCAAGUUCCGAGCCCACCGCGAAUGCCAGAAACUCAAGUCCUGGGAGUUUCAGAAGUGCCACUCCACAGUCGACUUUACCUCAUUUUAUAGGUCGUGUGUGACUGACAUGUGCGAAUGCCCUGUACACAAGAACUGCUACUGCGAGUCCUUCAUUGCCUACUACCGAGCCUGCGAGAGGGAAGGCAACAAAGUCCACUGGAAGCCCGAGCAGAGCUGCAUGGCUACCCAGUGCAAGCAUGGAGCUGUCUACGACACCUGUGGCCCAGGAUGCACAAAGACGUGCGAUAACUGGAACGAGAUCGUCCCGUGCAACAAACCCUGCGUGGCUGGGUGCCACUGCCCAGCAGACCUUGUGCUUUCGAAAGGAAGAUGUAUUAAGUCCACUCUCUGCGCACGCCGAUGACACAAGCUGCAUUGGGGAAGGACAUAUAGGCAGGUGACUGCUGUUCCAGUGCAGCAAAUCCUGGAACACAGCCCACGACUGUAAAAACUCCCAACCACCAACAUCCAACCAUCAACAACUCCACAGAGACGGUCAUCAACCUUCAAAGCUGUCUGCAUGUACAACACAUCACGUUUGGUUCAAAUCCAUGACAAUAUGCACUCUUUAACUUUUAAAAUACAAUUCCGCGGUAUUGGCAACAGAGGAUUUUUUGAUAUGCUGGAGUUUUUGAAAAUAUACAGUUGCAGAAGGGAAGUGGUUUUGACCUACAAUACAGGAAUAUAAGCAGCAAACUUGCAUUUUAGUUUCUAUUUUUUUCUAUGCGGUAAAUGUAUUAUCUUCUGGAGAUACUGUAAAGAGAAUUGUGUAAAGUAAAAACAGAUUUUUUUUUAUUAUUGUUUUUUAAAUUAAGGUAAAUAAUAACUAAAAAGAUAUGUCUAAAACCUUCAAUUGUAAUGUGUUGCAGAUCGUUUUUAAAGGGAAAAAAAUAUUUACGUUUUUUAGAAGAACUUAAUUCAGUUGGAAACAAGGAGCUCAAACUCCAGUUUUUUUAUUUUAGCAUUUUUUUUAUGAACUACAGCCUUUUUCCGUACAAAUUAAAAUAAAGUACUGUAUUUUUUUUAUUUGUUUUUUGGUUUUAUUUAGCAGACGCCAAGGUGACUUACAGAGACUAGGGUGUGUGAACUAUGCAUCAGCUUCAGAGUCAGUUACAACAACCUCUCACCUGAAAGAUGGAGCACAAAGAGGUUAAGUGACUUGCUCAGGGUCACACAGUGAGUCAGUGGCUGAACUGGGAUUUGAACAGGGGACCUCCUGGUUACAAGUCCUUUUCUUUAACCACCAGACCACACAGCCUCCUUGUUGUACCCAGAUUGCCAUGAGAUAGAAGUUUAUGCUUUUGUAUAUAUUUCACUUCUAUAAUAAUUUAAAAACAAAAAUAUUGUAUUCUUUUAUUGAAGUCUUAUUGGUUGCCUGCUGUUCCGUUUUUAUGGUUUCCAAAGUGUUUUGACCAGAUGUCAUACCCUUAACCCUGCCUAACUUGAUUGUUGUGGAGUAAAGGCCAUUGCACACUGGAUCCGAUAACGCAUCCAAAUUUUAACGUGCGUCUAAACGGAAAAAAACAAUCCUGUGCAUUCCCUACUGCACACUGAGGCUGGAAUUGUCGUACGGCGGUGAUGCGUGAAUUUUGGAAUCAAAAGAAGUUCGAUUUGAUCUGAUUUGUCUUGUGUUAAAAAUGACAUUGACCAAUGAAAAACGACUGGGAAGACACGAGGAUUCUUGCAGUACCCUGAACAAAAUGGAAAAUCUAAUUGUGUGUGUCACCAAACAAAAAUUACUUUAUGAUCAAUCCAACAAAGAUUACAAAGACUUUGUAAAAAAAAGAACACAUAUGGAAAGACAUUGCCGUGGACUUGGCCAUGAAUGAUAUGUAUUAUAAAACAUGAAAUUAUGAACUGAUAGCAUACAUAAACACAUGGAUUUUGUGCAGUAUAGGUUUAUUACAAGUGUAUACUUUUUAUUUCAAUUGUAGUCGAGGAAAUAAAGAAACAAUGGCCUAACCUGGAGAGACAUAUCAGAAAAAGAAGUGUGACAGGGCAAGAGCGGUCAGGGCUUAACAGUCAGAAAAGCGGGGCAGUACAUGGAAGUGAUGGGAUUUCUGGCGCCAUACACAGAGAGUAGUAGAAGGUGAUUGUUGUAAAGUAUAUUUGGCAGCUCAUUGCUAGCUUCCCAACUUUUAGAUAUAUUUAUUAUAGGAGUGAGUGUUUGAAAAAUUAAAUAUUGGUCAUAUGGUUUCUGAUGCUUUGACAACUGUGUUGUGUAAUAUCAUGUUUUUUAUUAUGUAUUGCGUAACAACAUUAUUAUAUACUGAGCAUCAAAAUAAACAUCACUAUUAUAACACAUUUAUUUUCGAAAAAGAAGGUAUAUAAAUGAUGGACAUUGACUAAAUGUUUUUGGUUUCUUUUUAAUCACUUGAUCAUUCAUCCUUGACCAUGACACGCUUGAGUGACUAUGACUGAAGCAUAUGCACUUAAUCACCUAAUUAGUGAGACAGUUGAUUGGACACUGGAUAUGGAGUGAUUUCAGCUGUUGAAUUGCAAGCUUGAAUAAAAGCAAUAAAGAAAAUCACAGAAAAAUAGCAUGUUGGAGGCUGGACUAGGGCAGCGUACUGUGGCUCGGCGUCUUGGGUGCUCACAGCCAGCAAUUUUAAACCUGGCGAGACGGUAUAACCAGACACACUCUGUCACUCUGAACUGGAAGACCAAGUCACAACACCUGCCCAAGAUUGACAGAUCAUUUUGCAGCACCUUCGUGAUGUCAAUUGUUAAUCAGCACAAUAAAAAGUCAUUUUAGAGUUUGUCAUUUUUCGAUCACAUCUAGUAAAUGUUAUCCAAAUAUAAGUGAUAAGUUUCUUUUGAUGCUCAAAUAUAAGUGAUAAGUUUAUUUUGAUGCUCAGUAUAGAUCUAAUAGAAACGUAAUAAUUAGCAAAUGUUUUAACUUCCAUCAGCAUUUGUUUAUCAUUAAGUUUAUACUAAUUUAACAUUGUUUGUGUUCAAAGUUAUGUACAACAGAAUUGUAUUUAUUUUUUAUUAAAAUACUGAAACUAGG